AUGGGGCUUUUCGCCUACUUCAGUUUUGGCUUCCUGAUUUCUGGACUUUUCCUAAGAGGUGCUGAUGCCGACAGCUGCCCUGUGGGAUGGUUUCCCUUCGAGACCUUCUGCUACAAGCUCUUCACCGUUAGGAUGAGCUGGCCUGAUGCAGAGCUAGCCUGCCAAAGCUUCAACUCCCACCUGGCCUCCAUCCAUAGCAAAGAAGAGGGAGUCCAGGUGGCCGGCUACGUUGGCAACCAUCUCAAGUGGUUCGAUCAUGUCUGGAUUGGACUGCGGGACAUGUGGAAGAAUGGAGUGUGGAGCUGGACUGACAACUCCCCGUCUAACUAUACAGCCUGGAAUAUUGGAGAACCCAACAAUCAAAGAAGUCAAGAGAGCUGUGUGGAGCUUUGGUCUUUCUCAGGGUAUAUGUGCUGGAAUGACAAGAGCUGCAAAUCAGAGCGUGCGUUCCUCUGCAAGUACAGACUCCAGUGA